UAAUAUUAGUUAAUCACAAAAAAUGUAAACAAUAGCUGCGGAAACGCGGAAGGAGAUCGCUUUGAAGAGAAUGUCAUUUCCGUUUUGUGCUACGCUACGGUUAACCGCGGUUGUCGAUGGUCACUAUUGCACUGUAAGUCCUAUGCCGUCUCUUACAAAUGUGCACCGGCCAAAGUUAGUGAACCGAACCAUAGAGGUCACAAUCGUAAGCGAUGAGGAAAAUUUUAUGUUAUUGUAUUAUUGUGUGAUUCAAUUUGAGCAUGGUGUUAGGUACAAACGCGAUGUGUCUUGACUCUGAACUAUAAAUAUUGAAGCGAAGGUGUGAAUCAGUAUCAUUGCUUCUACUAACGUUUUCAACUCACAAUCGCUCAAGUGAAAUCAACCAACAUGUUCAAGUUCAUCCUUCUGGUCGCUUCCCUGGCUUACGUCAGCGCUGGGCAUGCUGAUUCCGGUCACGGCUAUGCCCCGGCCUCAGCUGUGAGCUACAGCACCGUUACUCGCACCCAUGCACUUCCUUCGGUCCACGGAAACGAUCACUCAGUUCUGCACCAUGGAUACACACAUCCACGCAACAACCACCACGUGUACGGCCACAACUUUGCUCCAGCUCACUCCUACGAGCAGGACUACGCCCAAUAUGUGUCAUCGCAUGAUAACUAUGGCCAUGCCCGUUACGGAGCCCGAUUGGCUGUCAAGCAUUCUCCUGUUGUUGUUGCUCACGUCCCGGAACACCACCAUCACAACACCCAUGCUGCUCCAGUUCUGGUCGCCAAUGCACACAACUACGGCGGAGUUCAUCAGCAUUCCGGAUAUGACCACCACCACCACCAUCAUCAGGGACAUUAUGCUUACUAAACCAGAAUUCAACUGGAAAAUGAAAUCAAGAUGUGACUGUUAUGAAUUGUUGAAAUGAGUUAUGAAUAGAUCUAUAAUGAU